UUACGAGUAAAAUUUCCAUAAUAAUUGUUUUAGUGGUCAACUCCUUUGACUGUUGAUGUUGGUGGCUCUCCACGGUCUCGAAAAUGUCUCUUAUAAUCAAUUCUACAUUCCCAAUGAAAUGUUGCCAUAAAAGUAUUCCCAACUCCUGGUCCAACGCCAUAAUAAUAAUACAAAUGGAAAAAAAAAUGAAAUGAAAUGGAGAGCAAAAGACGUUGGAGAAUAAAUCAACAAAUAUUGAAGAAUAAUCAUAAAAUAUUUCAAGGUGAAGUGAACUGCACUUUGGUACAUACACGCACAAGAAAACUGCAAAGGGCGUUGACUCAUCCUGCAACGAAACUAAAACUUGUCUUAGUGCUUGAAGUGGAUCAUUGCGUGUCAUUUGUCAUUACAUACCAGAAAAAUCUUUCGCCACACGUCAAAACUGGUUUUCUCUAUACAAAAAGAUAAAUGUGAGACAAAUGCAGAAAACAUGUUGGAUGCAAUGACAAUUCAGGCUGUAAUGGAUAAUGUAUCGAAUGUCAGAUGCACAACGACGCGUAACCGCUGGAUGGCCCAGGUUUCUUUAAUAGUUGAAUGAUGUGCACUAGUGUAGACAAGGGUUGGUUGGACAGCAUAUCUAUACACAUCGGUCUAUACAUGGUGUCCGUUUAGCCGGAAUAACCGGAGUUAUUGAGGACCGUGCUGUUGCUUACUCUUAUGUAUUCCGUCUGUGUCCUCGCCAAUAAUUUACCAAUUCCCGACAUCUGGUCCGAUUGAUUUGUCUCCUCCCUUUUUCCAAGUGCGGUUAUUGCUCGAUUCAUCGCAGCAUACAUGCUAAUUAAAUAUGGACGGCGAAUCUUCUAAUAAGGGUUUGGUGCUUCAUCAUCAGUGUCCCGAGUCCCAGCAGCAGCAGCCGGCCAAUAUAAAAAGGAAAGUCAUCUCACGAAAGCAAAUCAUCAUUGACUUGUUCGUUGAAGUUGGACGUAUAGUCAUCUGCGAGAAUCAAGAUUCAGGAUUAAAUGUCGGGCGAUCGACUAGUUUAUUCAUCCGUUCUCUUCUCCUUCUCUGCGCUCGUGACUCUGCAGCUGAGUUACUGCUGCAUCAGCCCGGCGUCCAGUUUCGCCUUUCAUCCUCGCGUCUUCCGCACAGACGAUGCCAUCAUCAUCGAUUGUAAUAAUGAAAAACAAUUUCACAACAUCAUUUCCUUUUCAUCUUUAAUUGACGGCUCAAUUGUUUGAUUGCAGUUAUCAAUGUCGAAUUUGCUCCGUCUUACUACAGCCAGCCACUGUACGGCAGCAAAGUUGCCCAGCCGGGAUUCGCCCAGCAGCGACCAUUCUUCGAUCCUUACACGACGAUUUACACAGUAAUAUAGUUUUUCAUUAAAUUUUGAUGUUAAUUUGUCAAUUGGAUUAAACAAAUGUUUCCCUAUUUUCUCCUUAUCGCCUGCAGCACCAGCGACCCAAUGGAUGGUCCUAAUCAUAUGGAUAUCCUAGUCGUCCUACUAAUCCUCCACCCAAAACACCGUCCGAUGUCGAAUACGAAGAAUUCUUCAACAGUCUGCUGGCCGUCAAACAAACGCGCAAGUGCGGCAGGGGACCGGCCGCCAUGCCCACAACAAGGGCCUCGAUAACCGAAAGGGUCGCAGGCGGAAUUGAUGCCAAUAAAGGCACUUGGCCUUUCAUGGUGACCCUGAAAAAUAGCGACGGUUCCGUAUUUUGCACCGGGACUUUGUUGAGUGACACUAAAGUCCUACUGGCGGCCCAGUGUCUGGAAAAAAUGUCUCUGUUUGAGAUGAAUGGUGUGACCUUAUUGUUUGGGAUGCAUUUCUCGAAUCUAACGGACGUUCAAAUGACUAGGAGAAUCGGAAGAGUUAUGCUGCACUACGGAUACAACGCAUUCACCUAUGCCAAUGAUAUCGCCAUCGUAUCACUGGACGCACCCGUGGAUUUAUCCAGGACUGUCGCUCCCGUUUGUCUGCCAACGGCCAGUACCGACCCCGACCAAUUCGUCGACCAACCUGCCGUGAUUUUGGGAUGGGGACGAGCCCCUGACGCCGCAUUGCAAAAUGGAGAAUUGCAACAAGCCAAGGUUUCCAUCAUGUCCAAUCUCGACUGCAAGGCAAUCGAAACCCCUAGCAAAUACGUGACGGACAAUACUCUCUGUAUUACUUCGACUUUUGGUAAUAGAUACACGUGUCUGAUUGACGUCGGCGGUCCAGUCGUCACUUUACCAUCGCCAGGAGCCUGGACCGUAGUCGGAAUCAACAGCUACACCAAGGAUUGCGCUACCAACGGCCUGAAAACCCGAGUGGCUGCGUUCAGGGCCUGGAUUGACACAUACAUGAAAUAAAAAUGUAAACCGGCAAACGGCCAAUCGGAAAUAGCCAAGACAACGACGACGACGAACAACAUGGAACGAAACGAUUCUGAAAUUCUAGCCACUAAUUUCCAGUUUUACAGUUUGUUGAAUACGGCUUUAGUUGAGUGAUAAAAUUGAUGAUUAUUUAAAACCCUAAGAGAAUUCCGAAAUGUAUCAACACUACCCCAAAAGUAUAUCAAAUUUUCCCAAUAAAA